AUGUCUUUGGUUGUCCAGGAACAAGGUUCUUUCCAACACAUCUUGCGUUUGCUUAACACUAACGUUGACGGUAAGAUCAAGGUCCAAUACGCCUUGACCACCAUCAGAGGUGUCGGUCGUCGUUACUCCAACUUGGUUUGUAAGAAGGCUGAUGUCGAUCUCUCCAAGAGAGCUGGUGAGUUGACCCAAGAAGAGCUCGAGCGUGUUGUUACCAUCUUGCAAAACCCAACUCAAUACAAGAUCCCAGCUUGGUUCUUGAACAGACAAAAAGACAUUGUUGACGGUAAGGACUACCACGUCUUGGCCAACAACUUGGAGUCUAAGUUGAGAGAUGACUUGGAGAGAUUGAAAAAGAUCAGAUCUCACCGUGGUAUCCGUCACUUCUGGGGUUUGCGUGUCAGAGGUCAACACACCAAGACCACUGGUCGUCGUGGUAAGUCUGCUUAA